AUGGUUGAUUUAGCGACGAUAGUGAAAUUUGGUUUUGGUUUUAAUGAGACUUCGAGGUCUGCAGACACCGUGCAUGACGCAGCUGAUAUGAGUAGGAAAUGGUCCUAUUAUAAAACACAGAUCCAACGAUCCAACAACCACAAGCGUAAUAAUAAUUCUUCUGUCUCUCUCCCUCCCCCACAGCUGGUGUGCAACGGGAUGCUCUUCGCCUGUGUGAACGUGGCGGGUUUGUUCACUCACUACCCCGGCGAGGCGGCGCGGAGACAGGCGUUCAUCGAGACGCGUCAGUGCAUCUCCGCCAGGAUGAACACGCAGCGCGAAAAUCAGCAGCAGGAACGCCUUCUGCUGUCGGUGCUGCCGAGACACGUGGCCAUGGAGAUGAAGUCCGACAUCGCGGUUAUCCCGAAGGACACAAUGUUCCAUAAGAUCUACAUCCAGAGACACGAUAACGUCAGCAUUCUGUUUGCGGACAUCUGCGGCUUCACGACGCUCUCCGACCAAUGCACGGCCGAGGAGCUCGUCCGCCUGCUCAGCGAACUCUUUGCCAGAUGCACUACUCGUAGCGGUCCCCCCGAGGCCAGGGAAAACCACGCCCACUGCUGCGUCGAGAUGGGGCUGGAUAUGAUCGAGGCCAUUGCACUGGUCCGGGAGGUCACGGGCGUGAACGUGAACAUGCGCGUGGGAAUCCACUCCGGGCGAGUCCACUGCGGCGUUCUCGGCCUCAGGAAGUGGCAGUUCGACGUCUGGUCGAAUGACGUCACGCUCGCCAACUACAUGGAGUCGGGGGGUAUCCCUGGGCGCAUCCACGUGACCAAAGAGACGCUGGGCUACCUCCGCGGCCACUACCGCGUCGAGCCCGGGAACGGCGGCGAGAGGAACCACUACCUGAAGAGCCAGAACAUCGAGACGUUCCUCAUUGUUCCUGACGAAGAGUAUCGGGAUUACAACGUCAAGAAGACCUCGAUGUACAGCAUGAACGGCAGCGUCAGCAAGGAGAUGAGGAUGAUCGGGCACGCGGACCACACGAAGCAGAACACCAACAUUCACACCAAGCUCGGCCUCAGCGACUCCUCCGACAGCAAGAAUACUGACGACGAAGUGAACAGGCCUAUUGACGCCCGCUCCAUCGACCGCCUCAGAAGCGAGCACUGCAAGAGGUUCCUGCUCACGUUCCGCAAGUCAGAUGUCGAGGAGAAGUAUUCCAAGGAGAGGGACAAGAUGCUGCCGAGUUACUUCAUCAUCUCGUGGUUCACCAUCAUUUGCAUAUUUGCGGUCCAGAUCAUCAUCAUCCCAAGAUUCGCCGGAUCAAUCGGGGUGUUCCUGGUGGGGACUGCGGUGACGUCACUGGUGGUGGUGCUCGUCCUGGCGGAGAAGUGUGAGUGCAUGCCCGAGCAGGUGAAAAAGAUGAGCUCCGCGGUGGCCAGCAGUCGCACGGUCAGCCAGAUGCUCGCCUGCUUUGUGGUCCUAAUCCUCUUCCUCUGCUCAAUCACGUCCAUGUUCCUUCUGGAUCUGGAGAGUUACCGCGACUGCAGCCUCCUCUCGGGCGAUAACGCAACCAACCUGACCCUCGACGACGCCAACCACACGUCCUCCUUGAGCGUGAUGGCUGACGGACUCACCCUCCAGGCCCCCGAAAUCAUCUCCCUCAAGGAGCAGCUCAACGUUACACUGGGAGACGAGAACAACGCCUGCCACCAAGGGCCAACCACGCACUUCCCGGACUAUUUCACCUUCUGCGUGCUGGUGGUGAUGGUGUCCUGUGCGGUGUACCAGCUCAUCUUCUGCAUCAUUAAACUGUUGCUCCUGGUCGCCAUCUGCGUUGCAUAUCUCUCCAUGGUUCUCUUCACGCAUGGAUCCCUGUUCGAUAACCAGGACGCUCUCCUUCUGAUGAAUAAAGGGGACGGAGAAGUCUUCAUCUCACGAUAUGUUACAGUGGCAGUUCUGAUAGGAUUUACUAUUGCCUUCUUCAUCCACGCUCAACAGACAGAGGCCACGUCCAGACUAGACUUCCUCUGGAAGCUGCAGGCUCAUGAAGAGAAAGAUGAAAUUGAACAUCUGCAAGCCUAUAACAGGAAACUGAUAGCUAACAUUCUACCAGAACAUGUUGCUGUCCAUUUCCUGUGCACAGACAGAGCACCAGAUGAACUUUACCAUGAAGAAUGUGAAAGUGUCUGCAUCUUGUUUGCUUCCAUCCCAAAUUUCUCUGAUUUUUAUGUUGAACUCGAGUCCAAUAAUGAAGGAGUGGAAUGUCUGCGGCUUCUCAAUGAAAUCAUAGCAGACUUCGAUGAGCUUCUUGAAGAAGAACACUUCAAGUGGAUUGAAAAAAUAAAAUCCACUGGUGCCACGUACAUGGCAGCUGCUGGACUCACAAAAUCUACUAGGGAUUUGAAAAAUUUCCGCCACGUGACAGCAAUGGCUGACUAUGCUCUGCGGAUAAGAGACCAACUGGAGUAUGUAAAUGAACAUUCCUUUAAUAACUUCAAAAUAAGAAUAGGUAUAAAUAUAGGUCCUGUUGUGGCUGGAGUUAUAGGUGCUAGAAAGCCCCAGUAUGACAUAUGGGGAAAUGCAGUUAAUGUAGCGUCAAGAAUGGAUUCAACGGGUGAGCUAGAUAAAAUACAGGUAACCCAAGAGGUGUACCAGAUUUUACACAAGAAGGGAUAUCCUUUAUCCUGUAGAGGAACUAUAAAGGUAAAAGGAAAAGGAGACAUGGUAACAUACUUCCUCAAUGGUCGAAGCCACGACAUCAUUGAAGAAGACUGUUCGAGUUCGGGGACGAAGGAGGUUGCUGCUGAGAACCAUACAUAGGGAAAGCACUAGUAGGAGCUGUGCUGGUGUUGGGAAUCACACACACAUAUACACAUAUACACAGCCAUACUCAGUUGAGGGGAAAUUGAAGCAAACAGAGUAGGACAUUCACAGAGAAGUAGAAGGGGUAGUAAUUCUUAUUCUUUUGUUAUUUUUUUCUACACAGUACGAAAAGGUUAUUUAGAGAAGUUUGUAAAUUUUUGAGUUUCAUAUCUUCAGGGAAUAAAUUCUUUUCUGGUUACGGAAGCUAAAACGUUUUUUGCAUAUAAUGUAAACUGUAGUGUAGCAAUAAUAAUGAUACUGGUUUUACUUUUUCGUUUAAAUUCACACACAUGGAUGCACGUGUGCACACACACACACACACACACACACACACACACACACACACACACACACACACACACACACACACACACAC